AUGGUGAAGAUUGGAACAUGCAUGACUGAAGAAGCAAAGCAAGACUUUAUUGAGUUGCUUCGAGAGUUCAAAGACGUCUUCGCAUGGUCAUACCAAGAUAUGCCUGGGUUAAGUACCGAUAUCGUAGUUCACCUUCUUCCUAUAAAGGAGGAUUGCAAGCCAUUUCAGCAAAAACUCCGGAGGAUGAGGCUUGAUGUUGUACUAAAAAUAAAAGAGGAGGUUCAAAACCAAUUUGAUGCUGGGUUCCUACAUGCGGUCAAAUACUCAGAAUGGCAUCCUGAAGAUAUGAAGAAAACCGCGUUCAUAACCUUAUGGGGGACUUUCUGUUAUAAAGUGAUGCCAUUCGGGGUGAAAAAUGCGGGAGCCACAUACCAGAGAGUCAUGGUGACCCUCUUCCAUGAUAUUAUGCAUAAGGAAAUUGAAGUAUAUGUUGACGACAUGAUCGCAAAAUCCCGGACGGAAAGAGAACAUGUGCGAGUCUUAAGAAAGUUGUUCUUAAGAUUAAGAAAGUUCCAACUCAAACUUAAUCCAGCCAAAUGUAUCUUCGAAGCUAGGUCAGGAAAACUUCUGAGGUUUGUAGUCAGUGAAAAAGGGAUUGAAAUUGAUCCAGACAAAGUCAAGGCAAUUCGAGAUUUGCCUCCACCACGUACCCAGAAAGAAGUUCGAGGUCAACAUGAUGAGACGGGGAAGAAGGAGAAGGCGAUCUAUUAUCUCAGUAAGAAAUUUACUGACUGUGAAAUGAGAUAUUCGCCCAUUGAAAAGUUAUGUUGCGCCCUGAUCUGGACGACACGUAGAUUGAGGUGGCAGAUCUUACUCUCCGAGUUUGAUAUAGUCUACGUAAAUCAAAAGGCCAUCAAAAGGAGCGCGAUAGCAGAAUUUUUGGCCAACAGAGCUUUAGAAGACUACGAACCUCUGAAUUUUGAUUUCCCAAAUGAAGAUUUGAUGUAUGUGGCAAUCGCUGAAGAAGAUUCCCACGAAAAUCACCCUUGGAAGCUAAACUUUGACGGAGCUUCGAAUGCUAUAGGCAAUGGAAUUGGGGCAGUCCUUGUGUCCUCUAGUGGAGAUCAUUAUCCUUUUACCAGCAAAUUAGUUUUUGAUUGCACCAAUAACAUGGCAAAAUAUGAAGCUUGCAUUACGGGCAUCCGGGCAGCCAUAGAACGAAAAAUUAAGAUACUAGAGGUAUACGGAGACUCUGCAUUGGUAAUAUACCAGCUCAAAGGGGAAUGGAAAACAAGAGACCCAAAGUUAAUCCGCUACCAAAAAUUAGUUCUAGAAUUGAUCGUGGGGUUUAACAAUUUCACUUUCUGUUAUCUCCCACGAGACGAAAAUCAGAUCGAUAAUGCUUUGGCUACUCUUGCCUGUAUGAUCAAAGUGAACAAAUCAGAAGACAUGAAGCCUAUUCAAAUCAGCAUUUAUGAGACUCCAGCUCCUUGUUACAGUAUUGACGAAGAGGAAAACAAUGACUAUCCAUGGCAUCAAGACAUACUACGAUAUCUAAAGAAUCGUGAAUACCCCAACCACGCGACAGAAAAUGAUAAGAGGACAUUGAGGAGACUGGCCAUUGAUUAUGUCCUAGAUGGAGAGAUUUUGUAUAAAAAGGGAAAGGAUCAAGUACUGUUAAAAUGCGUGGAUGCUGGGGAGGCCAAAAAAAUUUUGGAGGAGGUUCAUGAAGGUAUCUGUGGAACCUUAAUAGCGGAAGUUUGUAAUCAGUUCAAGAUCAGACACCAUAAUUCGUCGCAUGAGAAAUUAUCUUUUGCUCUCCUUGCAUAUCGAACAUCUAUUAGGACUUCAACUAGGGCAACAUCUUUUUCUCUAGUCUACGGGAUGGAGGCAGUAUUGCCAAUUGAAGUUGAGAUCCCUUCUCUUCGGGUGUUAGCUGAGCUAAAGUUAGAUGAGCCCGAAUGGAUUCAAUCUCGAUAUGACCAGCUGAACCUGAUAGAAGAAAAGAGGCUAAAAGCUAUUCGUCACGGGGAGGAUGCCUCUUCACGAGCACGGAUAGCGUAUGUCCUUGCGGGUGCUCUAACAUCUGGUCUAGCAGCUGAGUCUCUGGGCGUACCCCUGUUCUUGCUCCAACUCCCAGAUUCCUCUAUGGUCUGCCUCUAG